UUCUUCCACUAUCUUAAUAAUAUCUCAAUCCUAUUAAUUUCCAUCAUAUAAAACUAAUCAAAAGCAUUAAAAUAAGAGAGCAUAAAACAAAAGUAUGGCGGAUUUGUUUAUAAAGCAGGCUGAACAAUAUGCAAAUGCGAGGCCAACAUAUUCAACGGAUCUCUUUGAGUUCAUUGCCUCCAAAACUCCAUCUCAUUAUCUUGUUUGGGAUGUUGGCACUGGCAGCGGUCAAGCCAUUCCCCCUCUAGCAAAGAUCUACAAGAAUGUGAUAGGCACAGACACAAGCCAAAAACAGCUAGAGUUUGCACCAAAACUUCCUAAUGUCAAGUACCAACAUACUUCCCCUACUAUGUCUAUUGAGGAGCUCCAACAAAAAGUUGCAUCUCAAUCAACCUUAGACGUAGUCACAAUAGCACAAGCAAUGCAUUGGUUUGACCUCCCCAAAUUCUUUGACUUGGUGAAAUGGGCCUUAAAAAAGCCCAAUGGGGUCAUUGCGGCCUGGUGCUACACUGUUCCUGAGAUCAACGAUGAAGUGGACGCAGUAUUUGGGCCAUUUUACAAAGAUAAUUCAGGUCCACAUUGGGAGGAGGCCCGAAAGCUCGUGGAUAAUAAGUAUAUGGAUAUUUAUUUCCCGUUUGAGCCGGUUAAUGGGCUGGAUCAUACGGGUCCAUUUGAGUUCAAGGCUGAGAAGGUUAUGACUUUGGAAGAUUUUUUGAUGUAUAUUAGGUCUUGGUCUGCCUAUAAUACUGCUAAGGAGAAAGGUGUUGAAUUGUUAACAGAUGAAGUCAUAGAGAAAUUCAAGCAUGCUUGGAGUAAAGGCGAUGGAGCGAACGAAAAAGUUCUGAAAUUUCCAAUUUAUUUGAGGAUUGGUAAAGUCGGGAAUCUUGAUCACUAAAAAAUGAUUUGGAAAAAAGAUCGGAGGGAGUAAUAUAUUAUGAUGUAUUCUAAUAAAAACUAAACUUCACAUAUAAGAGUUGAGAGCGAUGAAGUGAGCUCAACAAGUGGAUAUGUAUUCACCGUGUCUUGGAAGUCUUCAAAAUAGACUUGUACCUACGAGUUUUUUAAUAAGUAAUGAAGCGUCAAUUUUUCUUUA